CAAAAAUAAAGUUAGUUCUAUUGAAAGAAAAAAAAGUUAAAGAGAAAUGGCCGCUUCCAGCGAGCCAGCAAAGGAGUGGACUAACGAACAGUUGCACAGUGAAGAUCUUCCCAAGAAAGACAUUAUUACAUUUCUGCAGGAACAUGGCUCGGAAUCGUUUCUUUCAGAACAUAAAUUACUUGGAAACAUAAAAAAUGUGGCCAAAUCAGCAAAUAAAGAUCAGCUGAUCGUUGCUUAUAAUAAACUUUUUGAAACAAAGCGCUUUAAAGGUACUGAUGGUGUAGCUAAAGUGACAGAUGACGUGAAGAAUGUGAAAAUAAGUGAGACUGUCAAAGAAAGCAAGCAGGAGGAGAUUGUUGAGGGUCCCCCAAAAUAUACAAAGUCAAUUUUGAAGAAAGGAGACAAAGUUAAUUUUCCAAAGAAAGGAGGCAAAGUGCACUGCUGGUACACGGGAACAUUAGAGGAUGGAACCGUGUUUGACACCAAUGUUUUCACAAGUUCAAAGAAGAAAAAAAGUGCCAGACCUCUCAGCUUUAAAGUUGGUGUAGGAAAUGUAAUUAGAGGGUGGGAUGAAGCACUACUCACUAUGAGCAAAGGUGAAAAGGCAAAGCUUGAAAUUGAGCCGGAAUGGGCAUAUGGCAAAAAAGGGCAGCCAGACGCCAAAAUCCCUCCUAAUACAAAGCUCAUUUUUGAAGUGGAGCUGGUGGAUAUUGAUUGAAGAAAAAAACUCAUGUUGAUUUUCUUAAAGGACUAUUCUACAAGCAUAUUGAAGACAUCAUGAUAAAUACAGUUUUUGACAAAAGCCUUACAUGUAAAUAAAACUGUUCUGUGGUA